AUGCGUAAAAUGAUUCAAGGUUGGGAAGGAAGAUUGCUUUCUAGAGCAGUGAAGGAGUUGCUAAUAAAAACUGUGGCUCAAUCUCUUCCUAGUUAUGCAAUGAAUGUGUUUUUUCUACCUGUGGAAACUUGCAAUGAGAUGGAGCAAUUGAUGUGUAAGUUUUGGUGGCGAUCGUCGAAGAACAACAAAGGAAUCCAUUGGAAAAAGUGGGAUAGAUUGAUGGUACAUAAGUCUAAAGGUGGUAUGGGAUUUCGUAACUUGCAUGACUUUAACUUGAGUUUACUUUGUAAACAAGGAUGGAGAUUGUUUAGUCGUCCGGACUCACUUGUCAGCAAGAUUUUUAAAGCUAGGUACUACCGUAAUGGUACCUUCUUAAAUGCUGAGUUGGGGAGCAAUCCAAGUUUCGUGUGGCGAAGUAUUUAUGAAACUCAAGAGAUUGUUUGA